GAGAAACCAACCCUAGUGUUGUUUCAGCUCUCUUGAAUUCAUUCUUCUCGAAACUCUGAAACCGCCAUCGGAACUCUUAUUUCUUUGCGACAUCAUCGAGUGUCGUCAAGAGGUUGCGAGUUUCACGAAUCUGUAUCUCUUUUCUAUUGUUCUCACCCUGCUCUUGAAACCCUAAUCUGUCGAAAACUCUUGGUUUUGUUCAAAACUAGAGAUCCAUAACUUCUCGGCAAUCCUAAUCUUGCAAAUAAGUAAUCUUUCUUUUGAGUAAACAUUUUCUAUUGCGAAAUCGUCAGCUUUGGAUAUUGUAGUGUUGAUCUUCUUCUUGUUGGAAUCCUAAUAUCAUCUAAGAAAUCUUAAUCUGUCGACGAGCUGUUUUUCGCUCCAGUACCUAAAUUUCGAGGGCUGCAAUUCAGGUCGUCCUUGUUUUGGUCGAAACUGCAGCGUUUUAGACUUCGGAGUUUGACGAUUUUGUUCACAACUGUGGCUCAUCUGAGAUCUCGAUAGAAUGGUGGGAGGUGGAAGCAGGAAGGACGAUGGCCCCAUUGGGAUAAACAGCACUAAUGUUUUUGCCGCUCUCGAAAGCCUACGCAAAAAGAAGAAAUCGGACAAGGAGCAUGGAUCGUCUAAAAGCAAGGGAUCUUCCAAAAGCCAGGCAAAGGAACCGGAGCCGCAGGUUUUCUGGCAACCGACGCCUCUUACAGUGAAAUCCUGGGCUGACGUUGAUGAUGAUGAUGACGAUGAUUAUUACGCAACGACUGCUCCGCCUCAAUCUGUUUGGGGUACUGAGGAACCACAACAAAAUAAGGAGAGUAUGACCCCUGUAGAGGAAAGUGAAAGUGAAGAAGAUGGUCUUGAUGAAGGUGAUGAUGAUGUUGAGGAAGAGCAUGAGCAUGAACAUGAUCCUGAUGUUCCAUCACAGCCAGAGACAGUGGUGAAGAAGCCUCAAGCUUCUUUGGCACCAAAGGAUACAGAAAGGCAGCUGUCAAAGAAGGAACUGAAGAAAAAGGAGCUUGCUGAACUUGAGGCUGUCUUGGCCGAGUUUGGGCUUAACAAUAAAGAGACCAGUGGCCCAGAGGAAUCACAGAGUACUGCACAAGAGAAGAAGACUGAGGAACUCAAUGGGGAUGUGGAGAAGAAGGAGAAUGUUCCUUCUGAGAGCAAGAGUGCGAAGAAGAAGAAAAAGAAGGAUAAGUCUUCCAAGGACGUAAAAGAACAACAGGACCAUCCUAAUGGUUCAGAGGUCAACAAUGGAGGACUGGAUGAAACUCCUGUUGGGACCGAAAAUGCGGAAGAGGAUGCAUCUGCCAUUGAUGUAAAAGAGCGUCUAAAGAAGGUGGCAUCUAUGAAGAAGAAAAAAUCAAGUAAAGAGAUGGAUGCUGCAGCAAGGGCUGCUGCUGUUGAGGCUGCUGCAAGGAGUGCAAGGCUUGCUGCAGCGAAGAAGAAGGAGAAGAACCACUAUAACCAACAGCCAGUGCGCUAAGCUAAGCCUCCUCUUUUUUUUGUUCCGGAUGUGAGCAUGCAUGUAUUCGCCUUGUUCAUUUGUUGAAUGCGAAAUAAACAGCGGGCUCUGGUUUCACAAAGAUAACUUUGAUAGUAUAGCAUUGGUUUUGCUAGAAAAUAUCCAUUUCAUUUUAGAUCUCUCCUUGCCAAUGCCCAGGUGUCAUGUGACCUAUUGUUUCAGACAUUUUUUUUCGUUUAUAAAAAACCUUUCUUGAAUGUUAAUUAAAUUUGACAACUAACUGGCAUUUGGAUCAGUAUCU